AUGGCCAACAACCGCAACUCUACUUACUACUUGCCCCUCGCUAACUGCACCGAAGUCACACCCCGGUGUCCAGUCGAGAACUCAAUCUACGGCUAUUAUCCCUCGAUCGGUGCAAAUGCCUUCUUCGUGGCUUUCUUCGCCAUGUGUGGUGCGCUCCAACUCCUUUUCGGCAUCCGCUACAAGACAUGGACGUAUCUGAUUGCCAUGUUGUUGGCCUGCGUCGAUCAAUCGCUCGGCUACGUUGGCCGUGUGAUCCUGCACAACAACCCUUUCAACGAGAUCGGUUUCCAGAUCCAGAUUUGCUGCUUGAUCCUGGGUCCUGCGUUCAACUCUGCCGCCAUCUACCUGGUCCUCAAGCACAUAACUCUGACAUUCGGACCAGAGUAUUCCAAGCUCAAACCGAACUGGUACACAUGGAUUUUCAUCACCGGAGACCUCGUAUCACUAGUGAUCCAGGCAAUUGGUGGCGGCAUGGCCGCUACUGCCAACGACAACCAAUCCCAACAAGACAUCGGUGACAACCUGAUGAUGGCGGGUAUCGCCUGGCAAGUGGUCACCUUGAUCUUCUUCGGAGUAGCUGCAGCAUGGUACGUCUUCCGUCGCUGGCGAGCACACGAAGUGCCACUUUCGACCGAGGCCACGGCUUUCCUGAGAGACAGGAAAUUCCGGUUGUUUGUGUACGGAUUCAUCCUCGCGUAUGCGGCGAUUGUGAUUCGAUGUAUCUAUCGACUUGUUGAGAUGGCUGGUGGAUGGGCGAACCCGGUGAUGCAGUUUGAGCCUGCUUUCAUAGCGCUUGAUGGAUGGUAUGUGCCGCGUUUCCCUUGCAUUGCUCUGCUCGUCACGUCCAUGCUAUCCCCAAACUUCCCAUCCCCUUACACCAGGAAACUAUUUUCCAAGGAUUCCAAUGACUAA